UCUAGGGACCCACCGACAUAUACAAUCUGUCUCCUGCUCACAUAGUCGGAGUAGACGCUUUGUGUGGACGUCCGCGCCGGUCGGACUCGGCAUGCGUGCAACAUGGAUCAGCCGCUUGCAAGAGAGCUUGAAGUCACCCAAAACAACGGCAUCCAAGUCGGCAAAGCUAUCUGCUGGAGUUGAAAGACGGCCCAGACCUACGGACCCGAGGAUAGCUGGACCUAUGAACACACUCUCCCUGAAAAGCUUACCUCCGACUAGAAAUGUCCUCAAGCUAUGCAAAGUCCAGUGGAUCACAGCAGGAAGAGCCAUGAUGAGCAAUCCCAAGGGGGUCUCGUGCCACAGCCCGCACUUUCACCUUCGGGCCACCCCGAGCACCGAGAUGCCGAUGCCUACGGCUUCGGCUUUCGGUCCACCUCGUCGUCCACCAAAGGAAUUUACUCCCUUUGCGAUAUUGACCACGAUCAAGGGGGUCUCGAAACGGGCAGUCCAGCGGAACCGCGUUCGGACGAGGUUCAAAGAGGCCGUUCGAUUGGUUUUGACAAGGGACGCUCGAGCCGCGAACAACAAAGAAGGCGAGAUCGCGGUGCCGUUGAGCCAAAUCGAUGAGGCUUGGGAAGUGGACUUGCUGCUAGAAGGUCACUACUAUUCCGCUCAGCUAGAACCUGGUGUUUACUCGGCUCCCAUGCCUGAGCUAGUCAACCAAGUACGGCAAUCUCUGUUGAGCAUCAAACACAAGAAAUCGCUAAAGGAGGCAAGAGGGUCAUCCAAGGCCGUCUCGAAACCGAAACCCCAAAGAGCAGCCACGCCAAAGUAGACCCUGAAACCCGAGGCGACACCGCCACCACCACGAAACCAUAGAUGCAUAACGAUUCUUGUUGUAUUUAAUGCAAAUGACACCCGCUCCUGUACCAAGCGUUGAUGACAUCACGAGCGCAUG